AUGUCAGCUGCCAUCAAACGUGAAGAUUUAAAGUUAGUCGGUGCACAAAUUUUUUUCCGUCAUGGUGCCCGGACUCCUCUGAAUAUGCUUCCGAAUCUUGAUGAAGUCACAUAUGACAAAGAACUACAUUUGGAUCACUACCAACCAGCUACAUGGGAAAUCAAGACCAUAUUGAAAGAUGACGAAAAUACAGUUUCCGAACGAAAAUUUAUCGGCGAACACAAUGUUCGAAAAUUGAAUGGCGGAGCUGCAUUCUGUGGUCAAUUGACAACUGUCGGCGAGCAACAACUUUAUGAAGUUGGAAAGAAGAUUCAUCAGGAUUUAAUUGUCAAAGACAAACUAUUGCCUGAAACUUACGAUCCAAAUUUGAUUUACACUCGUUCAACUUACAUUGAUCGAACAAUCCAAUCAGCCCGGUGUUUUCUUGCUGGAUUGUUCACUGAUGAUAAUGGAAACAUUCACGCGAAUGGUCCAUUUGAAAUUCAAGUACAUAGUUGGGUGAAUGAGGUAUUGUAUCCUAAUCCACGAUUGUACCCUGAUCUGGAAAAGAAAUUAAAACCAUCGAAACUACACGAAUUGUUACAUGAUGAACAUGAAUUGAAAAAGGCGAGAAGAGAAUUCUUGAAAAAGAUCAAUCUCUCCGAGUAUGAACAUGGCUUUGUUGAAUUGCAUGAUGAUAUCAAAUCAAGAGAAGCGCAUAACUUUCCAGUACCUGAAGAUCUGAAGGAAUUAUCGAACAAGUUUGAUGAAUACUGUGGUAUAGAGUAUCUCUUGAUGGGUACUCACGAAAACACCUCGUUAACAAAAGAAUUAUUUGUUAAGACAACAGUUGGCCUUAUGCUUAAUUUAGUCAAACAAAAUUUCGAUCGAUUACACGAAGACUUAUUAUCUACUACCGAUAAGAGCAAAUCCUAUUGCAAAUUCUUUGUCUAUGCCACGCAUGAUACAUCGAUAGCAUCAAUGAAAAUCGCAUUUGAUCUGUUCGAUAAAAUCUGGCCCGAGUUUGCCAGUUACAUUUUAAUUAAAUUAUACCAAUCGAUUCAUGAUCCAACGAAAACAUUCAUUCAAUUGAUAUUCAAUGAUGUAGUACAAACAAUUCCGUGGACAAAUGACAAGUUCUGUCCGUAUAACAUAUUUAUUGAUCAUUUGAAAGAUCAAAUCGAUGAUCGCCAAAAUCCGUCAGUUAGUUUAACCCAGUAG